AUGAUGAGAACGGCGUUGCUCUCGAGUUUCGUCCUGUUUGCGACGGCUUUUGACAAUGCGCCGACCUUGGAUCCAUCUAUUCCAACCGUCCCGUCAGUUUUCUCAGUUUCAGAAACAAAAAUGAUAGUUUUUUCCAGUCCAUCUUCCAACAUGAGCGCAGAUUCCUGCGUCGGCCAGUGCGCCUUCAACUUCAUCGACCAGAUCCGGCUGCAGAUCGGUCAAGACAAAGCUUCUUCUCUCCUUCAGGUACAUUUUUAAUGAAGUAAAAAUUGAUUUAAACUUGUUCAACAACCUGAAAAUAUUUUUUUAAAUACUUUAGCCGCAAUGAAUGCCAAUAGAAUUUCAAAGUUUCAGCUAAACUACAACGAUUUUCUCAACUCCUUUUCGAACACGACGUUUUUUGAACGCUUCUGCGGGUUCGUUUUAAAAUUUCGAACUGGAAGGUAGCUUAUUUCUAAGAAUUUACCACGACUUCCAACACUGCUCCUCGAAGUGCACGCCCGGAUUCUUGCACCAACUUCUGAUGAGAAGUUCGGAGAUCAUCGACCACUACUGCAUCUAUCACUUCAAUGGUGAGACGUGUCUUUUGAAAAAAAAAUCAGCCAAAAUUUCUGAAAGUUACAGAAAGAACACGAGUCACAUUUUUCUAACUAACAAACCAGUCAUUGGAAAAAUCAGCAAAAACUUUUUUUUUUAUUUCUGAUUACAUGUUGUAAAGUGGUAAGCCUGUCUAAUUUGUAUACCUUAUCUUUAUUAGACGUACAUCUUGAUCAGGUAGAUGUAAGAGUAUAUUUCAAAUGACCAAAACUAAACUAAUAAGGUUUUUGUGAAGCACAGACCAUUACUUUAAAGAUUUUACCUCAUUAUUUGAUUUUAACUUCUGAAAAAUACUCGGAAAAUAACAGGCCAAUAUGGCGAUACUAGUAGAACCCGACAAAUAAAGUCCUUUCCUUACAAUUUUUUUUAAAUUGUGAAAUCUUGGGUCGACUUCGGUGUACUCUGAUCUGAGUGGUAACUUCUAAUUUUAGAGAAAUUCUUCUUGAUUCCUUCUGGACCAAAUAAACUUGGUAACUACAGAGUCAGCAGGAUUCAUUGAAAAAAAAUGGCCUAUAAAAUACGAAACGUUUAUUUCCAGACAUCCGCGAGAAGUUCCCUUGUUUGUCGAACAUGAAGCCGGACAAGGAGUGCGUGAAGACGUGCACGCCGCAUCACAAGGCGAUCACGUCGAUGGUCAACAACUUCCGAAACCUGGCGCUGAGUGGCGACACGACCAAGGCCGAGCAGUACCUCGCCGAAGGCUGCGAGUGAGUUCGAAGAAAGACGAAGGGAGGAGGAAUCGGUUCAGAUACGUGACCUGCACCCUGCACUGCGACGUGCCGACCAUCGCCCACAAAUGCGGCUUCGACACGGCCCAACUCGUCGUCGACCUGACGCGCCGAUCCUUCGCCAGCAUGGAGAAGAUGGCUCUCGACACCCAGGCUGUCCACAAGUGAGUCGAUGAUGAGAGCUAAUCGGCAAAAACUCGAUAGGUGGCCCCAAGUUUGCUCCGACAUCAAGACUUACCGCCUGCCCACGCCGUCUUCACCCCCCGAAAGCAAGGACGUCGUCGCCCAGAGCGCUCAGAAUGGUUAGAAGUUUUUGAUAGCAGACUUGUUUGUUAUAUCUUCAGUUACGAAAAGAAAACUUUAAAUUCCUAUAAAAAAUUUAGCUGAAAAGGAAGUGUUUUUAAAAUCUCCUACAAUUUUGAUCUCUGGAAGUCUAAAUAAGUAUUUCUGAUACAUGUUCAGUUUUUCAAAAGUUUUUUUUGUUGUACGGAAGGAAUCAUCAUAAAGCCCACAAAACCCUUGCAGACCCCAAGGCACAAACUUCCAAGCUCGUCUCUGCGACCUCCACCUUCUCGACUUUCGGCGCAAUCGCGACAUUCCUAGCCCUCGCUCUAGCCUUCUAA